AUGAAAGUCGAGGAUAGCUUCCAAUUGGAGCAAUACAAGUUGCCGAAGAACGUCUACGAUGCUACCAGAUCACUCAACGCACUCUUGAGGCGGAUACUUCCCGAAUCGGUACGGAAGACCGUCGAGGCCGAUCUACGUCGAUUUGCUAAACGAAUACACGAUGGAGUUGGUCGAUUGGCAGAAGGACCGCAUAACGAACCGCGUCUGGUGCAGUAUGACCAUUACGGGCGCCGAGUUGACAGGCUAGAGACGAGCGAGGGAUGGAGGAAGCUGAAGGAUAUUGCAGCUGAGGAAGGAAUCGUCGGUAUUGCGUUUGAACGGCAGACUGGCGAGUAUGCUCGGGUACACCAAUUCGCCAAGAUCUAUCUGUGGGUGGGCGAUUCUCGGGUGGUAGGAUGUCCUAUGUCGAUGACCGACGGAGCUGCGCGAGUAAUCGAGAAAUACGGCACACCCUUGAUGAAGAGCUCUAUCCUACCACUUCUCACUACUAGGGACACCACCCACGCCUGGACAGCGGGGCAGUUUAUGACCGAAAAGCCCGGUGGGUCCGACGUCUCGCGUACCGAAACCGUGGCCACACGCGCACCUGGCCAAGGGAGCACCAUCCAACCUGGGGAUUUGUAUAUCCUCGAUGGCUUCAAAUGGUUCUCGAGCGCUACAGACGGGAACGUUGCUCUCUCCCUCGCACGCACCGGUGGGCCUGGAAGCAGCGGGCUAAGCCUGUUCCUCCUCCCUCUCAAGGCACGUUCCUUCCUCCCCGGCUCAGAGGCAAGCAACAACGGCGUUUUUGUCCACCGGAUGAAGCAGAAGAUCGGUACCCGUGCAGUGCCUACCGCUGAGCUCUCCAUUACUGGCGCGCAUGCGUAUCUGGUCGGCGAGCUCGGGCAGGGAGUGAGGAAUAUCGCUACGGUCCUGAAUAUCACGCGAAUGCACAGCGCUUUCCAUGCCGUUGGCUCGGUCGGAAGGGCGCUAAUGAUUGCGACCUCGUACGCCGGAGUCAGGAAAGUGCUGAACACCAACACAGGGGAGUACGUCCUCCUUCAGGACCUUCCCAUCCACACCUCCUUCCUGCUGGACACCGCACUCUUGCAUCACGCACUGCUGCACCUGCUCAUCCCACUUUCUCUCUUUCUGGGCAAGUCCGAGCUAGGAAGCUCCACUCCUGCUGAAGAAAGCCGCCUUCGCCUCCUCACCCCUGUGGCGAAAGCAUUUGCCGGCCAGCGCGCGUCCAAGUCCGUGCAGGACUGUAUAGAGGCCCUAGGAGGGUUAGGGUAUAUGGAGGAGGAACCGCUGAGUCGGCUGAUGAGGGACUCUUUGGUGGAACGGAUUUGGGAGGGAACGGGGAGUGUCCUGGCGGGAGAUGUAUGCCGGGUUAUUGGAAAGUCCAAACACAAGGCGAUGGAUUACUAUCUUGAGUGGGCAUACAGUAUUCUAGCUUCCUCAACACCACAUCCCUCUGUUUCCCUGCUCACAGCCCAGCUGCACACUAUCUCCCACGCAACACAUCGCGUCGCCAAAGGAUCCUACGACCCCCGUCUGCCCCCAGCGCUCCUCGCUGCUUUGGGGUAUACGACAGCCUCCCUGUCCAUGGUCCAACAGGCGAACUGGGCCAGCCAAACGCCAGGAGAAGAGGGAGAGUUGGAAUGGGAGAUGCUGAACCGCUGGCUCGGAAAGGCGGGAGAGAGCUUGAGGGAGCUGGAGAGACUGGCGGUAGGGGAAGGACAGAAGGAAUUGGAGGUCGAGAGGGUUAUUGUUCAUGGAAGGGCAAAACUUUGA